GUCAGUCUGGUCACACUGCUUCAUUAAACAUCAACAACAACUACUACGGUCAUUCUACAUUCUAAUAAAAAACACCAAAAGUGCACUUAGUAGCCCAAAAUAAUAACAAAAUAACAAACGAAAAGUGUAACAAAUUUCCCGCGCAUAAUAUUAAAAGUGAAAAUAACAAAGAAAAGUUAUUUGUGAAACCCGAAACGAACGUGUUUGACUUGGCCUUUUUUCUUCUUUUUCGCCACCAAAAAGACAAAAAAAAAACAGGCUAACAGUGAUUUUUCCGGGGACGCGGCUGAAAGGAAGGAAACCCGUAGAAAAGAAACCCACUUUUGGCAGCAACUUCAAUUCAACUCCCCAAUCCAGAAGUGAACAACAACAAAAAAAAAAUAACUCAAAACUAAAAGGAAAACUAAAAUAAAACGGGGGCGUCUAUAACGCUUGCAUUUGUAUAAGUGGUAUGAUGAGUGAAUGUAUGUGUGUUAGCCAGAACAAGUUGCCAGCGUGUGCGAGUGUGUGCGUUCGAGGGGUUUUUUGAUGUCUGCGCUGCUUUUUUUUCCCAGCCGAGGUGAGCACACAGGUGAAUUAUCGGUGCAUUCGGCUGCCUUGGCAACAGUUCCAUAAAAAAAAACAAAAACAAAAUAAAACCAUCAACCUUAAACCCAUAUACUAAACACAUACAUACACAUAUACAAAUAUAACCUAAACAAAACACACGACAAUCCAUUGAAAAUGCUGCGUUUUCUAAGCCGUCGCAAGGUGCGCAACAACUAUGUGGAUAAUUCAAGAGGGGGCGGUGGUGCUGCCAGUUCCGCGGUGGGCGUGGCUGGGGGUGGUGGUGCCGUCACCAGUGGCGGCAGUUCACAAAUAAAGCCGCAACGUAUCGUGGUCAACAAGAACAAAAUCGACUGCCGCGUCAUUCUACUGGACAACACUGACCUUUCCAUCGAAUUAUCGAAAAAAGCGUUGGGCAGCUUCCUGUAUGAACAGGUCUUCUACGCCCUGGACAUCAUCGAAAAGGAUUACUUUGGGCUGCAGUUCACGGAUGCCAACCAUGUUAAGCACUGGCUGGAUCCCACUAAACCCAUCAAGAAGCAGGUCAAAAUUGGACCGCCUUACACGUUUCGUUUAAAGGUGAAGUUCUAUUCUUCGGAACCGAAUACACUGCGCGAAGAACUAACUCGCUACCUGUUCUUUCUGCAACUAAAACAAGAUCUUCUCGAGGGACGUCUAGACUGUCCGGAUGACAAGUCAACGGAACUCUGCGCUUUGGCAUUGCAGUCUGAACUGGGCGACUAUGAUAAUCAGGAGCAUUCGGCCGCCACCGUCUCCGAAUUCCGUUUUGUGCCCGAGCAAACGGAGGAUCUGGAGAUAGCCAUACUAGACGAGUACAAGACAUGCAGGGGUCUUACGCCUGCCCAAGCAGAGACAGCGUUCUUGAACAAGGCCAAGUGGCUAGACAUGUACGGUGUUGACAUGCACACUGUUCUUGGAAAGGAUGGGUGCGAAUACCACCUAGGCCUCACACCCACUGGCAUACUGGUUUUCGAGCGAGAUCAGAAGAUCGGCCUUUUCUUUUGGCCCAAGAUCAGCAAGCUGGAUUUUAAGAAAAAGAAGUUAACACUAAUUGUAAUUGAGGACGACGACGAGGGCAGGGAGCAAGAACACACAUUCGUCUUCCGUUUGUAUAACGAAAAGGCUUGCAAACAUUUGUGGAAGUGCGCUGUGGAGCACCACACAUUCUUCCGGCUAAGGGCUCCUGUAAAAGGUCCAUCUGCCCGUCAAAACUUCUUCCGCAUGGGUUCGCGCUUCCGGUAUUCAGGUCGUACUGAAUUCCAGACCACUCAGCAGAGUCGAGCCAGGAGAACCGUGCAAUUUGAGAGGCGACCUUCGCAGCGGUUUGCCAGUCGUCAAUCCCACCUUUUGCGAGAACGACAGAAGGCUUCGCAGGAGUCGGCGGCAUCGGCUGUAGCCUCUGUUAAUGCUCGAGCUGCUGCCGCUGCAGCUGCUGCUGCUGCAUCUCAACCGCCUGCACCAGUGACUCCAUUAAUAUCUUCCCACGUUUCCACUCCAACUCCCAGCAACGAUAACAAUAACGAUGCCUUCGACUCGCUCAUUUCCACGGACCAGUUUAUCACUGUAACGCCUUCGCCUUCGGUGCUCACUGUCAUCCAAAACUCAGCCAUUAUUGAACCGGAUGCGGCUUGCAGCGGUUCUAUCAGUUCCUCCUCCCAGGCGGCAGCCAACUUUACCUCGCUGGGCCGAAACUCCCUGAAGUCUAACUUCAGCAACGACGAUCCAGCGUAUAGCAAGAUUGGUUCCAUUGGAAAGGCAGCAGGAUUGACUGUGAAAUUGGAUCAAGACUACACACCGCCGUACUCACCGAACGCUACAAAGAACUUCGAUGAGACCAAUCCGUUUAGAAAUGCAUCGGUCUCCCAUCACGGCAGCUUUGGCAAGGCUUCCAUUAGCUCCGGCCAGCUCAGUGUUAAGAGCGGCUUGUCGGAUAAAGAUAGAGAGCUAGACUCAUUGCUUAAGUCCAUUGUCAAAGAUCCAUCCCCAUCAGUGCUAGCAAAUGAAGCCAUUAACGAUGCUAACAGUAUCAGGGUGACUAUUAACAAGACUUUUGACAUGGACCACAACACGGAGACACUAAAGCGUCUUUCGAACGCCAACGAGAAACCCAAUAACCAAGUGAAGCUGGCCAAUGUGAGCACCACAGCUCUGCCGCCUGGAAACAUCAAGUGCAAUAUCCUAAAAGCUCGCGUUGAGGAGGAACUGGGUGCCGGAGGCAACGCCAAGCUCACCAAUCAGAUGUUUGUGCCGGCCGCCCACAGCAGCAACAUGCAUACGAGCAACACGAACACCAGCAACUGCAGCAGCACCACGACCAACAACAACAACCAUGCACACAGCGAUGGACCGGAUUCCCUGAACGCCACCUACAUAUCAGUGGGAGGCGAUAAGCUGACGCUCAGCAUACCGGAACAUAAACCAGCGACGGGCAGUAGCAGCAGUUCCAGCACUUUAAGCUCCACCACCACCACCAAUGGAAUUACACCCUUUAGCAAUGCCACCUUUGUGUCGGGAUUUAGUGCACCACUCACUCCGCCGUCAUCGUUGCCGGCGAAUCUAAAUAACACUGGGAACGGUGGCACCUCAACCCUUACCAGCGUAACCACCAUAAGCACGCCCAGCAGCCCCACCAACAGUGUUACCACUGCUGCCUCGGAGUCAGUGACGGCUCCCGCUUUGAGCAACGCCUCGGCUGCCGAAAUACUCAUUAAUGAAAUAUUCAUUAACAACAUCAUAAACAAUAAUGCCAGCGGCAGUGGCACUGCCGAAACCGCUGCCAAACCGGCGAGCAGCUCAACGCCCAGUGCUGGCACUCUGCUCUUCUCCACGCUCAGUGAGCAAGAGCGUCUGGAAUCGCAGAAAACCAACCAGCAGAUGAAUCAGAAUCUAAAUCUGAAUCAAAACCACAGCGAAGUAGAUGCGCCGCCGAGUGAAAAGAAAUCUCCGAGCAAUUAUCCGGACAACAGUCGCAUUCCGUUUCCGUCCAGCAGCAGCAACAACAGCAACGAUAUGGUAUCGCCCUGGCUGGUUUCUUCGGAGGUGGUAUCGGCCCCCAAGGGACGCGAGCCGACCAUCAUUCGCAAAUCCGUUAUUACAACCCAGUUGUAAUUAUUGUUUAACUGUAUUCCCUUUUUCGCGUAUAAGCUAAAUGUUCUUAUUUAUAAUUGGUAGCUAUGGAAAUUUAGGCAGACGUAACGUAUUCGUAUUUUAUCGUAGACAAACUUAGACAAGUUUUAAGCAUUCCAAGCGAGAGCAACGACAAAAAGACAAUGAGAGAGCAGGUCCAAUCAAAAGUAAACUGUCCAUAAAUGUGCCUUAAUGAUCUAUAUUUAUAUACUUUACAUAUAUAUCAUAUACACUGAUAUCGAUAUCGAGGAACGAAAUGUGCUAAACCGUGUGUACUUAAUAAAGUAUUCAAUCGCUAAAUGUAAGUGUAUAGACUGGAUUUUUAACAAAAACAAAAACAAACGAAAAACAAACGUGAUGAUGGGCGUUCUGCUUAAUAUACUAGGCCUAUAUUAUAGCUAAGAGAUGUGUGAGGAUCGUUUUAUGUGCAGUAUUCCAAUUAACAAGUAACAGACCACUAAGAACAACGAAAAUUUAAACUGCAACAGCAAAAUUGACUGAAAGUGUAUACAAUAUCAAAAUGAAUUGAAAAUGAAUGCAAGUAUUUUUAAAAUGUACACCCACCAAGGGGUCCCAGAAACGAGAAACUGAUAUACCACCACUCACCAAGAAAAUGUUAAGUGCAAGCAAUCCACUCAAUUAUUUUUUGUCUAAGCAUACAGCGACGAUGUUGAAGCAUUUAAAUGUAUAAAAUAUUCAAUAAAAAGUGCAUUUAUGCAUUAUGUAUACAGUAGAGAA